ACCAAAACAAAAGAAAAGUUGUGAACAGCGCAGGAGGAGCAGGAGGAACAGAGCAGCGGUCAGCCGUAUGUUUCUGUACUAUUCCUGAUAUUCGGAUAAUAAACAGUGUUCCCACCAUCAGGAUGGAUUUCCUCCAGCAGUGAGACAGACAGAGCGGUCAGUCAUGCAGUCCUGCAGCUCUGCUCUCUGUGUCCUGAUCUUACUGACCACUACAGUCACUGUUGGUAAGUGUGUGGAAGAGGUGACCUUCUUAAGGACUUCACUGCUGAAUUUCACUUCAGUUUGUGCUGCAUAAAUUUACUGGUACUUCUCUAAUGAUACAGUUAUGUAGGGUGCUGUGAAAAAUUAAGUAAACCCCAUGAAAAAUGUAUGUCUAAACAUAUAUAUGUCCAUGUGCGUUAAAUGUGAAUAAUGCUGGUAGAUCUCGAUCAUCGUGUUUAAAAAUAUCACAUAAAAAUUACAUUCUGAUUAUUUACAGAUCUGUUUAAAUCAACACAAAUGCAUAAUGUGCACCACUACCUUCAUAUGUGGAUCAAUAGUCCAUCAGACCAUCUAUCAACAAAUCAGGUUUAAGUCAGGUUUAAGUCAGGUUUAAGUCAGGUUUAAGUCAAAGGCAUGAAACGUGCUUUGGCUGGAUAGCUCUUGUAGAGCUGAGAUGACAGGACUGUACUAAUAUUGAGUGUUAUUUAGCCACAACACUGAAACGGGAAGCUUUCAGUUAUGAAAUAUGGAAAUACUCGUAUCGUCAGUAGUCAUAUUGUGUACCAACCUUAAACUGCAGGAGACGUGUUCACUAGUUAUGGUGCUGAACGUUUCACACUGAUAGCAUCAGCGUUCUGGUGCUCUUCUUGGUGAUAAUCAGGAGUUUGGUGACUUUAUCCUCACCUGAAAGAGUAGAGAACUUACAAGCAAUUGAGGGGAGACCAUGUAACCUUUAACCUUUACAUGUGUUGGCAAACAUAUCUUUUUUCUGAUUAAUGGAAAUGUUUGUAAUUGUGCAGUUUUCCUUUUUCCUGUUUUUAUGUUGUUGUUUCUUUGUGUUAAUCCCUCUUUCAGGUCUGAAUCAGCUGUUCCUUCAGUGAAGGUGAAUCUUCAUGACUCUGCUACUCUGCCCUGCUCUGAGAGAUGCUCUGGUUUGGUCAGAUGGACUGUGUUCCAUAAAUCCACUGAUGCUCUGGCUGAGUGUGAUCAGACUUCAUGUAGAUCAGUGAAGGAGGGAUAUCAGAUGAUCCAUGAUCAGUACCUGAAGGGGAAUCUCUCUCUCAUCAUCACUGACGCUGAUUUCACUAAGAGAGGCUGGUACACGUGUGACUGUGAUGGUAAAGAUCUCUGUGAUGUGAAGCUGCAGAUUAAUCCCUUGAGUUCUUCAGUUCAGAUAAAGGCUGGUGAAAAUCUCAUACUGGAUUUGGACGUAUCAGAUCCAGUGGAGGUGAUUUAUAACAGCACAGGUGCAGCUAAUCGACCCAGUGGUCACAUCUGUACAGUGGAUGGACACUCAUUACAGUGUAAAUCUGAUUACACUCAGAGAGCAUCACUCACAGCUGUUGUUAAGCUGAGAGGAGUGACUCCAUCUGAUAGUGGAGUUUACACCAUCAGGGACACCAUCAAUAAAGAGGUCAUCCACGUCUACACAGUGACCGUCCAAGAUGACCAGCAGAGCCUGGACAGUGAUCUUAGUUCUGAUGUGCCAGUGUGGAAGUUAGUCCUGUCCAACUUUGCCCUCGUGGCUGGGCUUGCGGCUUUGCUCACUGAACUUUGGUGGUGUUGAGAAAACGUAUUUAGCAACGGAUGCCCGGAAGGAAUCUUUGAGGAGAACCCUGCAGAGUUACUGUUCUCUCCUUCCAGGAGUUCCUCAUCAUUUGUGGAAAGCUCAAAGGCAGGAUCUGUAUUUGAAGACGCUGAAGGAUUUUAAAGUACGGACAGUGUCCCCACUGAUGGACGGUGCUUUAUCCCAGCAGAAAACACUGAAGGAGUUCCAGUUCCUGAAAACCUUCACUGAUAACGACUGGCUGGAACACUGACCGCUCUGAUCUUCACAGAGGACAGAAACUCUCAGUGCAGGAUUCAUCACAGUUCUGCCUGCAGAGUUAGUUACUGCACUGGUGUUCAUCUGAUAUACUGAUUCUUCAGUUCAGUACAGGACUUUAACAGUUCCAACACCUCACACCCCCUGCAUGCUACACUGGAUAAACAGAGAAGCUCAUUCAGGUCAGACUGUGUUAAAGAGCCGUGUGAGAUCUUUCUUACCCACUGAUAUACGGCUCUACAGCGAGUCUCCUCACUGCAGAGACAGUACUGAUCUCCUGCUGUCUGAACUGAGCUGGACCUCAUCACUGUAUCACCUCUCUGUUAAUACACACUGUGUAAUAUAUCACAACUGCUACUGUAAUGACUCUCACUGCGCACUUUACACUGUAAUACUGCUGCACUGUAAUACUGCUAGUUAUGUUUAUACUCAUUGUGUUGUAUCUACUUCAUACCAUUCAGUGAUCUCCUGAUCUCCUGGAGGUACAACAAACAGUAUAAAAUGUUUAAUAAACUAUGUAAAUAUCCAAAUAGACAUGUUUGUUUCUACUCUCUCCUACAUUAACGUAUGUCUGUUUCUUAUUUCUGUCUAAUUUACAUCUAUUUUUGUCUAAUAUAUGUAUGUUUAUGUGCGAUUAUAUGUCUUGCAACUGUAACAAGUAUCAAUAUAUCUAAUGCCCACAUUCUUGUCAA